UUUCAAAAACAAGUUUCAUAUUGUGUUGUUUCAGAGAGCAACGUGAGCAUCACCAACGGAUUCUCUGUCUCUCUCUCUCUCUCCCUCUCUCUCUCUCCAAGCACUCGGAAUCUCUUUCUGAAACGUCUCUCUCUUAAAUCUCACUUCAUAGCUCAUACACUAGUUCUUUUGCUUUCUUUCCAGCGUACUUUCUCUCUCUAAACAGCCAUGGUUUUCGCCACAGAAGCACCUCUUGCAGUUCAUGUGUGUGUGUAGAGAGAGAGAGAGAGAGAGAGAGAGAGAGAGAAACAGGGGAUCUGAGUUAUGCUGAUUAAAACGAGUCACUUCCCUUUCCUCUGAAUUCAGGUGAACCCACUAUUCUCCCAACAUUCAACUCUCUUCCUUUCCGCUUCACCCUUCUCUCUCUAAUUUAACCCUCUCCAUUUCCCACCGUUUCAAAUUCAAAAUCCUCCUUCCCAUUCUCUAAGAGGAAAAGAAAAAAAAAACAAAUGAACUUCUAGGGUUACAAGUUAUGUGAUUCGCUCAGAAAUUCAAACUGAUUGUCCACCUGGUCUUUUCAGUCUCUCUUGUGUUCUGUAAUUUGCUCGAAUGAGUUUCGACUUAUAUAGUAUGUGAUAAUGCUACUUUCUGAGAUGUAGUAUUUGAAUUUUGGCGCUUUCAAGUCAUGGCUUGUUAGUUAUCUUCUGGAAUUUUCAAGUAUAUGCUUUGGUCUUACUUUACUAUUGGGUCUUUGCCUUCGAGUUUCAUGUUAUAAAGUGUGGAGCCUAGAGAUAUAAUGUGCACAUUUAUUGCCGAUACAACUCCGAUGAAUCUCUUGUACUCUUCUUCUUCGGUAUCGUGUGAUGUAGCCCCAAUUGGAUGAACCGCGUAAUUCAUGUAUUCUUGCGUGUUUUUGCUUUCGAUUGCUUUGUUUUUCGGCAUUCGUAUCUUCUAGAUCCUCUAUUAUUUUUGGUUCCAUAAAUUUGUAGCGUGACCUAAGAUUUGGCUUCAGGUCUGUAGUACGGGGAUUUUGUGGAAGUUUUUAUUGCACUUGAGGUAGUUGGUGAAUGUGAGAACUUGUGUUUUGUUAAUGAUUGGUUAUUGGGGAUUUUGGAUAACUUAGAUUUGGGCAUUCAUAUAUAUAUAACACCACUAUAGGGAUAUCACUUUUGGGUCCUCAUGGGUUAUUUGUCCUUUUAAUUCUCUGAUGGAGAACAUUUAAUAUGCAAAAGUGUCUUCUAUCGGACUGUUUAUGUUCUGAUCGUGACCAGGGCUGUUUGUGACCAGAUGCUAAAAAAUGCAGACGGUGCUACUAGAGAUCAUCAAUCUAACCAUAUUCAUCUGGCCAGUUGUAUUCAUUUGAAGAACCAUAUGCAUUAUUGUAGCCCUGGAUUGGCUGAUAGGUCGCUCAUGAGGGACCUUAUUUGCCUUCAGAGGUCGCGAUCUGUAAGGGAUCCUUCUACAACUCCGGCCUCAUGGCAUUCUCUUUCCUUUGUGGAUCUUCUUUCUAAAAGAUUUGAGAAGGAUGGAAUGGUGGGUAACGGAAGACGGUCUGCCGGCAUUGAAAGGGAGGGUAGAGGGUUGCCAGUGACCUCGCCACAUUUAGAUAGUGUACAGAGAGCAGAAGUUGCUUUUGGGAAGGUAAGAGGGCGAAAUGAUGGGACAACUGGUGUGAGCAAUCGUAGUUGCAAGAGUGGCUUUCGAGAACACAGAAGAGAUGAAAGGGGUAAAGGCAGCAAUGGCAAGUCUCCCCGAGAUGAAAAUGGUUUGUUCAUGGCCUUGCUUCUGGGAACUCUAAACAAAAUG